GCUUUGCAGGGAACGAGUCUCUUGGUUGUGUGCCGUAGCAUUUCCGGCGGAAGUUGCUGGGCGAGGAAAGCCGGCAAGACCUUUUUCCGCAAUCGUCGCUCACGCGCGCAACCCAGGCGACGCGUGGGGGCGUGGCCCCGCCUCCCCACGCCAUUGGCCAGCAGCCCCUCGGGCACGCGUAUACUGCGCUUCCGGGCACUCUCCGCCCCGCAUGGCCUUCUGGUAGUUGUAGUUCGACCGCGAGCGCUGCCGUCGGGAGGCUGCUCCGAGGUUCCAGGCUGUCCCCCACUACCCCGCCUUGGGCGCUCCGCUCGCAGGAUGGAUCCCGUACCCGGGACAGACUCGGCGCCGCUGGCUGGCCUGGCUUGGUCGUCGGCCUCUGCAUCCCCGCCGCGGGGGUUCAGCGCGAUCUCCUGCACCGUCGAGGGGGCACCCGCCAGCUUUGGCAAGAGCUUCGCGCAGAAAUCUGGCUACUUCCUGUGCCUUAGUUCUCUGGGCAGCCUAGAGAACCCCCAGGAGAACGUGGUGGCCGAUAUCCAGAUCGUGGUGGACAAGAGCCCCCUGCCGCUGGGCUUCUCCCCGGUCUCCGACCCCAUGGAUUCCAAGGCCUCUGUGUCCAAGAAGAAACGCAUGUGUGUGAAGCUGUUGCCCCUGGGAGCUGCAGACACAGCUGUGUUUGAUGUCCGGCUGAGUGGAAAGACCAAGACAGUGCCUGGAUACCUUCGAAUAGGGUAGGGCCACCCCCCAGUGUCUAGCUACCUUCCCUGCCCUCCCAACUCAUGAUCUCGCGAAUCUGACCCUCAGGGACAACCUUGAGGUCUCCUGUUCCUUCUGCCACCUUCUGAGCCUCAGAUUCUGCAUGUUAAAACCGAGACACUGUCAUUAGGAGUCAGUGACUUGGUGUCUAAAGUAGACAGAACAGGACUGAGCGCAGUGACUCACACCUGUAAUCCCAGCACUUUGGGAGGCAGAGAUGGGCGGAUCACAAGAUCAAGUGAUCGAGACCAUCCUGGCUAACAUGUUGAAACUCCAUCUCUACUGAAAAUACAAAAAAUUAGCCAGGCCUGGUGGCACACGCCUGUAGUCCAGCUACUUGGGAGGCUGAGGCAGGAGAAUCGCUUGAACCUGUGAGGUGGAGGUUGCAAUGAGCUGAGAUCGUGCUGCUGCACUCCAGUCUGGGCAACAAAGUGAGACUCUGUCUCAAAAAGAAAAGAAAAUAAAAUAAGUAAAAAUAAAGUAGACACAAUGAUGAUUUGAACCCAGCAGUAUUAGUUUGGCAUGGUGCUUAGGGUGCGGGUCAAGAUGCUAAAACAAAAAUCCCUCAAAAGGCUGGGUGCGGUGGCUCACACCUGUAAUCCCAGCACUUUGGGAGGCCGAGGCAGCCAGAUCACCUGAGGUCAGGAGUUCGAGACGAGCCUGG